CCAGCACGAAUGUUGAAAAAUAGCACUUCUUUGUCGUCGGAAGCACUCAACGCACUGGAGAGGCAGCAGAAGCGGACAGGGUACGAACUGAGGAAAAGGAGGAGGAAAAUAGCUGCCAAAGCUAGUGUUGUAGUUGUUGAUCAUUUGGAAGGAGUGGAUUUGGAAGGAGCUCCUGAGAUCAACAGUGACGCUUUUGCUGGUGAGCAGGAAUUGGGUGGACCUGGAAAAGAACCCGUCGUAGAAGGAAGCCAACAGCUAACUGGGAAGACCCUGAGUCGUGACAGUGCUGUGCCAUACCCUGAGCAUAAUAUUUUCGGUGUGCGCAGCCGCAGUCCUAGAAGUAGCAACAAUAUGCAACAAGUCCAUCAUCUGGACCCGCCAAGAACGGGUAGAAAGGACGAAAGAAGUAAGGAGAUAUUGACGAUUGAUCAAAAUGCGAAGAAACUCGUAAAGGCGAUGACCAAGGAGAGCAUUGAGUUGCUACAAAGAAAGAGUUCCUUCCAGGAAGAAAUGAUGUCGUCGUCGUCAUCAGCUGUUUCUGAUAAUGAAGAGGUAUUGCGGUUUCUCAGUGGAGGUAUUGCGGAGUCCGUUAUGAUGAGCAUGAAGAAGAACAGGAGCAGAAAUAGACAAGAAGGACCGGGAGGUAACGAAGAAGAUGAAGAACCCUCGUCAUCACGAACACCUCCCAAGAGGGGUCCAUCUCAGAUUGUCACAGAGGCUUUGUCGCCGGCCAGUUGUAGACGGCGCAGCCAGCGGUGCGCCACUCGAUCGCCUGGGAUGCGGAAGAUCGCAGAGUCCAUGAUAGAACACCGUAACAGUACUAAUACGAGGACAGAAGGGAGCCUCAAUCUUUUUAGGAAAGGUCUUACACCGACACCGUCGAAAAAGAAGAAGACGAAGAGUACGAAGAGUGACCACGACCAGAAGGGAGACCACGUCCUAGACAAGAAGAAUGAGGAAACCUUUGAAGAAAUAAACAUCACAACGCCCUCAGCAUCAGGACUCGGCUUGUCAGCUGCACUGCAAGAGGAAGAUGUCCAAGUUGUGAAGCAACAAGGUGAAUUAUUAUGCAGAGAUAGGAGCACAACUAGCAAUGCCAGCACUUCGAAGAAGAUAAAAACGGGCGCUGUCCGUAAUUCAGCCGGUGUCGUUGUCGGUCGAGGCCCCUCUGCCUCAUCUUCGGGUUCAUUAAGGCUACCGCCCAAGCAUCCUCAGCGCCAUCCCUGGCUUGUUUUUCAAGGGAAAAAGGGCUCAGGGAUGCACCCGGGGAUGCGACGUGGUAGCUCUAAGUUCAGCAAAGCGAAAAACUACAGGUGACUCAGAGAAAAAUAGUGCGAAUGACGAUCAUUUAGUCCUCCACUGGGUUUCAGCAGAAGAUCUCAUUGACAUUUUAUUCGCCUUGAUCUGCGACCCUCCUGCCACGAGUCGGCCUUCGAAAUCCGCAACUGGGUUUUUCGUCAUUAAUGCUUGCGCUCCAGGAGGUGGAUUGCAGUAUUCUCAAGAUCUCGAGAAAAUUUUGCUCUACGACAAGCUGAAGCCUGACCAAAACCCAGAAGACACACCUGGAUGGCGAGGGGAGGAAAGGGGAGUACUAGACGAUACUGGCACCUCGUCUGGUGGCGAACACUACGUUGAGUGGUCAGUGUGCACCACUAGUACUGUCUCCAGAGCUGGCGAGGUAGAUGGGGGUGCAGGCGGAUGGAAUUCGUCAGCCUCAGAACAUGAUGACAAUGAUUCGCCCUUUUCCUCAGAGCUUUCUUCGGCAGACGAUCAUUUGAUCUGGAGGAAAGGAAGAGGAAGCAGUGGAGGAGCAAAGAGUUCAUCAGAAGGUUCUAGUGCUGUGGGUGCAGCUGCAGGUAGAAACUCCGCAGCAGGACAUGGCUUUGUACGUUGGUCUCAACUACAUGUACGUGAGCGUUGGGGUUUGAGGCGGGCCGGCGGAAAAGAGUCUUUGGCUCUGCGAGAAGGAAGACGAGCUGAAAAGAUGCGAAGACGAGGGAGAGGAACGACCAGGAGUAAUAGAGAUACGAGGACAACCAGUUCGGGAGAACUUCGGGCGAGUGAGAUGGUCACUGAAUUCGCGUCAUCUACGACGCAGGCAGAUCUUCCACCUUCUGCGAUGAAAGACUACAGACCUGAAGUCGACGAAGAAAUCGCCGACCUGGUCUCUGAGGGUGCCCAACGAGAACUGGAGGAAUAUCCAUGGGCUAAAAUGUUGUUUGGUCAAACGCUUUUUCCGCUCGCAGUUCGAGCACCACUAUUUUUGAUGAAGAAAACAGUGGGGAUACCCAGAAUUGCGGAGGAAAGUUAUGGAACAGAAGGGGAGAGUUUUUCUCACGCUUUCCAGUGCGGCAGUUGAACCAUCGAACAAAUUUCGUUUUUAUUGUUGAGAAAUGGAACGCCAUCGACAUCGUUGAGCCAUAGGAAUGUUUGAUUAAGUAAGUAGUCGAAAAUUCCUGAAACACAAACAUCACUUAAGCACUUGUUCUAAGCACCUCUGCGUCACUCCUUGCAUAUCGCCAACGCAAACAUUGCUGCGCGUCGCGAGUCGGUGCAGAAGACAGCCUCAACAGGAGACGGUCUUCCCGACAGAGAAAGACGAAAUUAUGUAGAGACUACUUAUUGCUCAGAUGAUUCUUGUUUUUCGUUCUCGUUCACCUUCACGUGAUAUGAUUAUCAUCAUACAUUCCUCUUGAUAUAAUAUGGGAAAGGUGGGAAUAAUCAAUCUCCAGCGGUAUCUCUGAAUGGUUCCGGUAUUUGGUAACCUGAUUUUGAUCAUAUUCAUAAGGGAAAACAAGAAGAGAAUCCUUGUGAUCGAAUUCAGGCUACCAAGUACCAGGGCCAUUCAGUCUCGUAUACAGCAAAUACCCGCCACCACCUCCCCUUUUCAUUCCCAGCUACUGAAAGCGCGAAUGCGGCAUGAGGCUAGACUGAAGAUGCGGAGGCAUUUAGACAGUUUGCUAGUCCAUCCUUACCUGGCCCACGCCGUGGCAAGACAGAGUCAGUUGCUGAGGCCACAAACGUUACUAGGUUUGGGUUACCACUUCUACGAUGUGGAUUUCGAUCAAUGAAUUCUUGCUGCAAGGUUCGAUCGCAGUUAUUUGACGGGCCGACAGAAAAAUUGAAAUACUUUUUCAAGAGUACUACUACCUUGAGUCGAUAUAUGAUUAGAAAUACACUAACAUCAGAUUUCGUUUUCGUUUUCCAGUGAAAUACAAUCACACCUAACAAUUUUCCAAUUUCCACCUCCAUGUUUUAUACUACUUGAUGAACCAAGAAUACCAAUACCAAUUUUCCUGCAGCACGAAAAGCUACAGCGAAUUUUUUUCCUCUGCACAUCAUAGUUUAGUUAGAGUUGACUUAUCAUCUGCAUUAUACUAGCAAUAUUCGCCUGUGUCCAGUUUUGUAUACAGUUUGCUCUUGCAAGAAUUGCGCCAUGAUGUUCUAGUAAUCCGUUAUAAUGAGGCACUGAAUUAUGAUUGAUGUCCAUGUACAGCUUUUACUUUUUCUGUCAUAAAAAUAGAAGGAGAUCAUGAAAGAAAGUAUAGCAGAAGCAAAAUUUGUCAUGAUUGGCGUGGAAACAUUAAUAUGGAUGAGGAGGCGAACCAAGGCAUGCUCGAACUAAGGAAGAAUCCUCGUCCUGCAGAGGAUGAAUUCACUUGUUGAAGAACCGCAGAAAGCUAAACUGCUGAAGCCUUCCCCUUCGCCCACCUUCGGUUGGC